AUGGGUGAUUUUUCAGCUGUCUCAUAUGUCACAGCACUGAUUGUCAUCUCCAUCGGCCUUCCUUUGACUUUGCUGGCCAUCUGUGCUCUCUAUUCACUGGUGCGAGACAACCAUGUUGCUCCAGUCUACGUCAUCAACCUCCUCGUCUCUGACCUCAUCCAGAUGUGCUGCUUGAUCAUGUGGGUGGCAGCACCCAAUAAUUUAAUUUUAAUCACGAAUCGUUUCUACUACGUCGGUCUGAUGGCCAGUGUUGGCUUCAUGGUGUGUGUCGCCAUGGAAAGGUAUGUGGUCAUCGCCUUCCCUGUGUGGUACCACUUCAGGCGAAACAUCAAGGUCUCUCUUGUGGUCUGUUUCAUGGUCUGGGCCUUCUCCAUCAGCUAUGUCAUUCUAGUUGUCUCUGUGUUUAACAUCAGGGUAACAUCCAUCCUCCUGUCCAUCUACCUCCUCCUGCCCUUUCCCCUGCUCAUCUUCUUCCUGGCUGGGACUCUCAAAGCCCUGUCCUCCUCCAUUUCAGUGACUCCUGAGGAAAAACGGCGAAUUGUGGGAACCUUGGUUCUGGUGCUGCUUAACUACACACUGCUGUUCCUGCCCACAAUCAUUUGGUACAUGUCUGCAGCAAUAACUCAAAAUUACACCUCUGAUCACACCCUGCAACUAAUUGUUGUUCGGUUCAGUCCCCUUAUGGACUUGGUUCUGUAUGUUUUCAUGAGGAAAGGGGCUGUAGACAAGCUGCUAGCCUUCCUGUGUCGAUGCAGGAUGACCACAGAGCAAGAGCAGGGGCAGAUGUCCACUGUGGACAGCAACACUCUCCACACAGUCAGCUCCAUGUAG